UACUGCACUCAAAGAUGUCUGCUGAGCCUGCAACGCCGUGGUAGGCUGGACGAGAAGUGCCCCAACGUCGAACGGCACCGAGUCAACGGCGGCACCCAUCACCCCACGACCGUCGAGGAGCUGGUGGAGCAGAUACGAUUGGGACUGGACCACAACCUGGAGCGUGCGAUGCCCAUCGUCGGGCCCGGCUACAGACGCGCUGCUCGCCCUGGCGGCUCCGGCGCCCCGUUCAAGGUCGUCUCUCCUCGGUUCGGAUACACGGUUGUCGGCAAAGGAACCAUAUGUCGGGUCUGGCCGCGCCUCGAACGGGAGGCUGAUGUGUACACGCAAAUCCUGGUGGCAGCACAGGGGUCCGCAGUGCCCGUGUUCUUGGGUAAGAUCAACCUGCAGCAGCCAUAUGAGCUAGAAGGCUUCGGACGGGUCCGCCACAUGCUUUUGAUGGGCUACGGGGGCGAGGAGAUCGGGAUGGUGACGAGUAUGAAUCGGUGGGUCCGGUACAAUCAAGAAACCACGUCCGCCCACGAGAUCGAGGUCCUUGGGGUCGUGCACAAGGACCUGGCCCCGCGGAACGUGCUGUGGAAUGCGGAGCUGGGCCGGGCCAUGAUCAUCGACUUCGAGGCGUGUGACCUCGUGCUGGAUCGGAUCCCAAGGCGGCCC